GCUCGCACUGAGGCUGCGCAGAGCGAGCGGAAGCCAACUGGAGGCGAUGGUACGAGCAAGUGGAUUUGGCAAGCGUUACCUCAAGGCUUUCCUCAGUGGCUUCUUUGUCGCCGUCCCAGUCACUGUGACGAUCUUGGACCGUGUGGCCUACAUUGCGAAAGUGGAAGGUGCUUCGAUGCAGCCGUCAUUAAAUCCUUCGGGUAGAAAGUCCUCCGAUGUUGUCCUAUUAAACCGCUGGAGCGUUCGGAACUAUGAAGUGCAUCGUGGAGACAUCGUGUCCCUGGUGUCACCCAAAAACCCAGAACAGAAAAUAAUCAAGCGAGUCAUUGCCCUUGAGGGAGACAUCAUCAGAACAAUGGGCUACAAGAACAGAUACCUGAAGGUUCCCAAUGGCCACUUCUGGAUUGAAGGCGAUCACCACGGACACAGUUUUGACAGCAAUGCCUUUGGACCUGUCUCCCUCGGUCUGGUGCAUGCCCGAGCGUCACACAUUAUCUGGCCUCCCAGUCGCUGGAUGAAGCUUCAGUCGGAGCUGCCGAACAAGCGAAAGCCCGUACUGGGUGGGGAGGAAGACAACUGCGAGUAGCCACCCUGCACUCGAUGAACCCCUGUCUCAAAGUGUCUGUAGCAUUGUGGUUAGUGCCUCCCUCUUGUCACAUUGUACAAGUGUGUGUGAAAGAGGACUGGGAUUCGAUUCCCGGGCA